AUGUCAUCCAAUUUCAGUAGCAAAAGUUCCACUUCCAAUGGCAGUCAUAGGAGCUGGGCUGAACAGACAAAGGAUCGGUACCGGCAUCCCUAUGAUAUCGGGCCUAGCGUUUUUGAGGUUCCUAAGAGGUUGUCGGACACAAAGCCGGACGCUUAUGCUCCUCGGAAAGUCGGCCUAGGACCUUAUCAUCAUCUUCGCCCUGAUCUCCAACUGAUGACCAACAAAAAGCGAGAUACAGUGAAAGUUUUGUUGAAAAUCGAAGACAUUGAGGAAUUUAUCAGGAUAGUCGAGAAUUGUCCAAUAUCUUUUGAAGCAAAGAUCCGUUCCUGUUACAGCAGAAGCAUUGAUCUGGAUCGAGAGAGUUUGGCUUGGAUUGUAAUCAUCGACGCCAUGUUCUUGCUGCAUCUCGUUCAAGCCUACACGGAGAAACGGUCUGAUAGUGGUUCUUCUUCCACUUCAUCUUCCUCGGAUGAAUCAUUUCUUGGAGAUAUAGUGAUGUUGGAGAACCAAGUCCCCACGUUGUUGAUGGAGGAAAUCCCUAAGUUCCUCCAAUACAAGUAUCCUGUUCCCCCGGGCAAAGAUAUUGGAGAAGCAUUGUGUCGCUUCUGCUACGACAUAGCUCCAAUUGAAAUCGAGUAUGACCCGAAUUCGGAGCUUGAUUAUGCGAUGUUCAAAGCCAGAGGGAACCAUAUUCUGCAAUAUGUGUACGAUAUCUGCUUAGGAGUAGAUAGAGAGUUGGAAGAGCUACAAGAGGAGACAUACAAGCGGGUUUAUAAUGGCAAAGUGAAAGCUGCACAACAUAUAUGGGCUGUCACGCAACAUGUUCUGUCUAGGCUAACAGAGCCUAUUAAGCUGGGGGUAGAUGAAUUUCCUAAUACUAGUAUUGAUCAAGAUGAGCAGCAAGGGAACUUACUCCCAUCGGUGUCGCAACUGCACGACGUUUGUGAAACAACGUUUACUUGCCUUUUGCCGGCAUCUGGUAUCCAAGGUACUGUAUACGAUGUCACCGAGAAUGUAUUCUUCCUCCCAACCUUGAAACUGGGUAAAAAUUCAGAGGUGAUGUUAAGAAAUCUAUUGGCAUUCGAAGCUUCAGCACCCGAUCUUUCGUCAGUAUUUCAAAAUUUUAUUUAUCUCCUGCCUGGAUUGAUAAGAGGUGAGAAGGACGUGAAGAUUCUAAGGAAUGCCCAGAUUGUCAAAGGGGAAAUGGAAAAUGAUGAAGUCGUCUGCCUCUUCGCUAAGUUGAGGAAACCCAUCAUCGCUAACGGAAGUGACAAGAAUGAAAUGUCUACAGCUGAUGAAUUUGGCAAUGCUCUCCGAAAACAAUUCAGUAAUAACCCUUUUGUGAAGACCUGCAUCUGGAUAAAGAAUCGUAUUGUUGCUUUCUUUAAUCUCCUGAAGCCACUCGUCCCAGCAUUGAUCGUGCUGCUGCUUCUUUUCCAAUCAUUUUGCCAAAUCUAUGAUUGCCGCCGUUUCAGUCUUCCUAUUUUGUCAGACGGCAAAAUUUUCAGAGAUGCCUCAUCAUUUCUAAGCUUCAACAGUACUGGUAGUCAAGCUCAAGACCUCAUGUCAGCCCGAAAAAUUCUUCGCUAUUCGAGUUAA